AAGAUCGGCAUUUAGCUGAUACACAUUUGAUCAGAAUGGCAGAUAAAAAACAUGUAAAACAUACAGCCAUUUACCAAGCUGCAUUAGAUGAUAAAAGGGGUUAUGUUAGUAAAUUAAUGUCCGAUGGACAAGAAAGCCUCUUGACGGAAAGGAUAACACACUUUGGGGAUACGCCACUACACAUCGCCGUGGGGACGAAUCGCUCCAAUCGUUUCGUCAAGGAGCUUGUGGAAUCUAUUGUUCCUGCGGAUAAAAAGGAUACCGAGUCAGAGAGGCUAAAAUGCUUGUUUCAGAAGAAUGAUUAUGGAAACAGCCCCCUCCACAUCGCUGCUAUGGUUGGAAAUACGGAUGCUACAAAGCGUUUGGUGGAGCUCGAUGAGACAGAGGCACUUGUUGAGAAUAAGGACGGUAAUAGGCCAUUGCAAUUGGCCGCCUGGCAUGGAAAUAAAGAGACGCUAGAAUACUUGUUGACAGUGCCAAAAGAGGGAGGAAGGUGUCUAUACACUGGAAAAGCUGGCGGUGAUCUCAUUACUCGCACAAUUAUGGCUGGAUUCAACGAUCUUGCGUUAAGAAUAAUCAAGGACCACCCAGACAUUGUGUUUGAAAACAACAGUGAGCAGGGCCAAACGGCUUUGGAAAUAUUAGCUCAAAAACCCGAAAAUUUUGCAAGCGGGAGGAGUCUUGGAUUUUGGGGACGUUUUAUCUAUUCAUUGAUACCUAUGAACAACAAUGAAGGAGCUACUGAUUCAGUAGUGAUAUCAAUAAACAACAAUGAAAGAGCUACUGAUUCAAAGGAAUCCUUGUCAAGGAUUUUUAGAAAGUGUAUUGCUGGAUUUCAGAAUGCCCUUGGAUGCAUAGCUCCAAUAGUGAAGAGGACCUAUGAUAUCAAAGUAAAUGAAAACAGGAGCAACUUACUUGUAGAACGUAUAUGCAAAAUUGUUAUUGAACAAGGCGAUCACGAUAAAGCUUGGACGAUUUUAGGAUCUGCAUUAGUUACAGCUGUCAAAUACGGAACUCAUGAGCUUAUUGAAGAAUGCAUACUAACCUACCCAAGCAUAAUCUGGUAUGAUGGUGAUAAUGAUAGGCGGUUCGAUGAACCCAAAGAACGGAGAGGUUAUAGGUUUAGUUUGUUCCUUGAAGCCAUAAGGCACCGCCAAGAACGAGUGUACAAUCUUGUGCACCAAAUGUCAGGCCACAAAGUAUUUGCAGCAACACCACAUGAUGGUUUAGAAAAUGCAUUACAUAUAGCUGGAAAGUUAGCUCCAACUCAUCGACUUGAUGUUGUGACGGGUGCAGCUUUGCAAAUGCAACGUGAGCUUCAAUGGUUUCAGGAAGUCGAAAAACUUAUAACAGAACUUUCCUAUAAAGAAGCUGAAAACAAAGAGGAGAAAACACCAAGAAUGCUUUUCACCAUAGAACAUAAACCGUUACUAAAAGAAGGGCAACAAUGGAUGAAAGACACAGCAUCUUCAUGUACUGUGGUAGCAGCUCUCAUAGUAACAAUGGCAUUUGCAGCGGCAUUCACUCUCCCAGGAGGCAAUCAAGAUGAUGGCACACCGAUGUUCCUAAACUUCAACACAUUUAUGCUUUUUAUUGUAUCAGAUGCCAUUGCUUUAUUUUCUUCGUCAACCUCAGUGUUGACGUUUUUAGGGAUUCUUACUUCCCGAUACGCGGAAGCUGACUUCCUUUACGCCUUACCAAAAAGAUUGACAAUUGGACUUAUUUCGUUAUUCAUAUCCAUAGCAGCAACUAUGAUUGCAUUUAGUUCGGCUCUUGCACUUAUGCUGAAACAUAAGGUUACAUGGAUUGCAGCUCCACUUGUUAUAGCUACGAGUAUUCCGGUGUGUUUAUUUGGCUUGUUGCAGUUUCCUUUACUUGUGGAGCUAGUUAAGUCCACAUAUGGAAGAAGCAUUUUUCACCGGCAGAAUGAUCGAUUGAUUCACUAGCUCUUUGUAUAUAUAUAUUGCGAACAUCAAAACACAAAUACGAGAAGGGUUCAUUAAAUAUCACUACAUGUUUUGUACGAAUACAUGUUUGUAUUAUUUGAAUCACAAAUAAUUCAUUUUAAGUUUUUAA